UCAGUAGUGUGUGAGGAGCGGUGGGUGAGCUACAGGUGUUGCGGUGUGAGGGCUGGAGGGAGGCAGGAGCAGGGUGUACAGGUGUAACAGCUGCCCAACGGGUGCUCACCGCCGUCGCCGCUGUACACUAGUGGCCCCUGGCGGGCUCCUCCGCUCCACCUUGCCUAAAAUGGCGGUGUUGGGGGUCGGUGCGCGCGGGCUUGGCUAGUGUGACGGAGCAUGUGUCCGCGGCGCCCGCCCGCUCCCGUUCCUCCUGCUGCUGCUGCUGCUCCUCCUGCCGCCGUCGCCGCGCCUCGUCUGCUCAGCCUCAACAGCUGCAGCAGCACUAAAGUCUCCAGCUGUUGCGGAUACUCUGAGUGGGCAAGGUUACCGUGACCGCUGGUGGUGGGGGCAGCCGCAGCAGCUGUGACACCUUAGUGAUAAGUUCCUCCUGUAGUGUUAACGUGACACCCUUCGUCAGGAGAGGCAGCGCCACGUGCAGCGCGCCCUGCCCGCCCACGCCCACGCCCGUGGCUGCCAGCAGCUGCAGCAGAGGCGGCGGCCCCCACCAUGGCCUCCACCGGGCAGGCCAGCGGCACUAGCAAGGCUGUCAACGGCGGCCGUUUUGAUUUUGACGACGGUGGGACGUACUGCGGCGGGUGGGAAGACGGCAAAGCCCACGGCCACGGCGUCUGCACCGGUCCCAAGGGACAGGGGGAAUACUCGGGAUCUUGGCAUUAUGGAUUCGAAGUCAGUGGCAUCUACACUUGGCCAAGCGGGAGCACGUAUGAGGGUCAGUGGCAGAACGGGAAGCGGCACGGGCUGGGGGUGGAGAGCCGAGGACGGUGGAUCUACAGGGGCGAGUGGACGCAAGGCUUCAAGGGACGCUACGGCGUCCGACAGUCCACCACGUCCUCCGCCAGAUACGAGGGCACCUGGGCCAACGGACUCCAGGACGGCUACGGCUCGGAGACAUACGCCGACUCCGGAACGUACAAGGGCCAGUGGAUGAGGGGUCUGAGACACGGGUAUGGAGUGCGCACCUCGGCUCAGUUCGGCCAGGCUUCCGUCAGCAGACCCAGAGCCAACAACCACGGUUCUACCACCUCCCUCCGAUCAGACGGUGCCGGAGAUCCCCUCGCAGACAGAGACAGGAAGGUAGACGAUGGGCGUGGGGGCUUCGUGCUACGGGCGAGGAGCGAUGACAUCCCCAGGAGGAGAGGUAGCCUUGGCGAGCGCCCCAGUAAUAUCAGGAAUGUCUUCAAGGGGCUGAAGAUUCGUCGCCAACGGAGCACAGGAGACAUUCAGACGGGUCGCGCAUCUGGCUCCAUUCGUUCUACAGGAUCUUCAGCUUCAUGGAUGUCGACGGACUCUGGUCAGUCAGCAUAUACAGUAGGCGACGUUCCAGACGAGGGCUCCAAUGCUUCCUUCAUCAUCGAGGUAGGGUUGGAUGAGCAGUUGGAUGCCAGCGUUCUGGAGAACUACAUGGGGGAGUGGAAGAAUGACAAGCGGACUGGCUUUGGAGUUGCCGAACGGACGGACGGGCUUAAGUAUGAGGGCGAGUGGUACAACAACAAGAAGUAUGGCUAUGGAGUCACCACCUUCAAGGAUGGCACAAAGGAGGAGGGCAAAUACAAGAACAACGUUCUCAUAACAUCUAACAAAAAGAAACACGUGUUCCUCAUCCGCUCUGCCAAGUUCCGAGAACGAAUCGAAGCAGCGGUAGCUGCUGCACAGAGAGCUGCAAAAAUUGCCAUGCAGAAGGAGGACAUCGCCAUCUCUCGAACCGCAACAGCCCGUGGCAAGGCAGAACAGGCAGACAUCUCAGCCGUUCAUGCGAGAGAUGAUUCAGAUGUGGCCCGUGAUUUUGCUAAACAGUAUGCUCCAGACUUUCACCAACCAGGUGUGGACAUCAUCAAACCCCCAACUGGGGUACGUCCAGUACAGCCAGUUGCGAACACAGUGUCACCCUCACAUCCACGGGAUGACAGCUCUGGACCACACUCAAAUUCACAAUACAGUCGUGGCGUGGAUAGUAGACAUGAUUCAAUAACUCCUAUGCCAAGUGGUGGUGGAGGACCUGGUUACACAAAAUAUCAUGCUGCGGAAUUACCACCAACAGACCCUGCAGGAUCUCGCCGUACCUCUGUGAAUCCUGGUAGCAGCCUUGCCCAUGAUGACCCCUCACAGCAGUUCAAUCAGAAUGAAACCAUAAAAAGCAACACUUUAGAGCGCGGUCGCACUCCUGGCCGGAAUACAGUUAAAGCAGGUAGCAGGGGAGGGCAGGAAUACGAUUUUUCAGGCCAUAUAAUAAAUGAUCGUUUUGACCACUACAACAAACCUUCAUCACGCGCACAAUCACGUGAUCGAUCAGUAGAUCGGUUUGGUUCUGGCGGGCAGACUCCCAUACCCCCAGAAUUGAUAAACCCUAGGUCUCGGGCACCAUCAACCCAGCGCAUAAUAUCCCAAGACUGGACGCCCGACUCAGGGGUAGAUGUAGACGAGACAGCUGUUCCCAUCACUGGCAGCUCUCGACGCUCGUCUCGCCCAUCGUCGAUGAAAUCUGGUGAAAUACCCCUCUUUGCUGGGAAUGGGUCAGUGGGAGGUGGGUUCACAGUGCCAUAUACCAUCCCAUCUACUCAGCAGGAAGCUGAGGCACUACUCCGACAACGAGCCUGUGGCCAAGAGAUCCCAAUUUGUCCCCCAACCCCUGGCCAAGGCACUGUCAAGCGCACAGAAUCACUGUAUAUAAACCCUAUUGUGAGGCGUCAGGCGCAAGUUAAGGCGGCACCAGCCCCUGCAUUGAAAAGGAAGAAGUCACUGCCUGAGGUACAGCCGUUGCCCGUACCUAUCAUGUCACGUGAAGAGGCUGCAGUACUCAGCUCAGCCCAGAGACACGCGUUCCGUCGUCAGGCUGAGGAAGCAGAAUUGUACCGGGCUAACCCUCUCCUCUACCUCACCAGCCCUGCCGUCCAGGACUGGUUCUCCCGGCAGCGCCUUGUUAUGCUCAUCCUCUUCCUAAACUUGUCGCUGGCGUUGAUGUUCUUCAAACUAUUGUCGUAGCAGCCAGCAAGGCCGCGGGUUCUUCAGGCCGCUGCCCUCGCUGCCACGUGAGAGCUAUGCCUGCCGCAGCCCCACCCUCAGGGAGUGCCAAAGCAGCAGCAGCAGAAACAACAGCAGCCCUGGGCGUCCCUGCGUGUUGGCCGCCGCCCGUGCCUUCCUCAGCAGACUACGCCUGCGACUCGCCUGCUCACGUGUGCUGUCAGAAUCUCUAUUUUGUUAUGGUUCGUGCCGUGUCCUGCCGCCCAUGUGUGAGCCGUCCCAUUUUGUACUGCCGCUGCCGUCACAGCUACUGUCCUCAGGUGGACGGCCUGGAGCUUACGCCGUACCCAUCUGGCCUGACCUGAGCUGACUUGUGCGGCCCGGGGGCUAAGGAGGGGGGAAGGCAGGAGGAGAAGAUGGAGAACAAUGAAGAGGAGGAAAACGAAGAGGAUAAAGCGACCCCCUUGACUCCAUGGAGGAUCGUGUGCGAACAAAAAACCGACUGAAUGAGCUCUUUGUCCCUUGUGGAGUGUUUUGGCUGUGCCUCAUUUCCUUCGUCACCUGACCACAAACUCACUGCAUCCGGGGCAACUAUGUACAUUACUGCAUCUUUUGCUACCAUUACUGUGGCCUCCACCUACCCAAUUCUCUAGACUUGGGAUGAUGGUGGCUGUCCCAGCCCCGGCGAGCACUUGCCGUACUUGCAUAAUAGGCACUAGAUUUUCUAUCCACUUAUGGUACUAUUUGUGAAGUUCAGUACAGAUUUAUACUAAUGUAAUUUCUAGUACUGGUUAAUUUUUUUAAAGUGUAUUAUAACUGCCUCUUGUGGAGCAGAGGUCAUAUUGACUUCUGUGUAGAGGAAAUGUUGUACAGUGGAUAAGCAUUUGUACCACAUCAGGUCUCUCCCUGUAAAUGUCAAAGGGGACACAAGGCAUACAAAUGCAAGAGCAGGAGAAACCAGUUGAACUAUAUUCAGUUUUCUAUAAAGCCAUAUUAAGUGCUUUAAUAAAUUAAUAGAGGGAUAUGUGAGAUGCACAUGUUUUUCUGCUUGAUCAUUUGCCUUUUAAUUAGCUCAAGACAAUAUUGUAAUUGACAGUACAGUUGUGCAUAGUAUAUUACAUUUUAUACUUUGUUUUGUGUUUCUAACUUAUGUUAUUUCUCUUAUUUAUUUUAUUAAUGGUCUCAUAGAUGGUACAGAUACCUACAGAAAUGCCUCAAGAUGAGGCACAUUGCAGGUCUGGCCAAUACUCUUGUACUGUUUAAACACCAAAUCUUUGUGGAUUUCCACAUGCUAGAAAACUAAAUGCCUAGUCACAAUAUUGAUUUAGUUUUCCAUAGGAAACUUUUAGUAAUUCCUUUCGUUAAUUUGUAGUUUAGUUCAAGUGUUAAGAAGGACGGUCGUGUUAAGUUCCAAUCUCCGUGGUCCAGCGGAGCCUGCAUGCCUUGGUCGGGCAGGAUGUGUAUGCAACUUUUUGUCUGCCAUUCACCAUUUAGUGCAAUGGAUCUACCACAAAAAAAUUUAGUCAAGAAUAUAAAACUUAAGUUGGCUGUGUUGAGAAUACUGUACUGCCAUCACACGUCUCUGCCCGACCUUGACCAGUCAGGUCCUAGCUCCCAGGGUAAGCUAUAUUGUUAUCUUUCCCCAUGGAUCUGGAGGCCUCUGAGUCAUUACUCUUCCUUAUGCUACUAAGGGGCAUUAUUCACUUGGUAAAGCUCCUUGUUUAUACCAACGAAAUCUAUUUUCUACUUUACAAAAAAAAAAAAAUAUUUAUUUGCAUCACUCUAAAAGUCAGUCAUAUCAGGUGUGACAUCUGACGAUCCUUUUAUUUUGACGAAGACCAUUCCUCCUGCUAGUGAAGGCCCAUCACAAAAAUAAUUGAGUGCCUUUUGCAUGAUGGUGAGGACUUUCCUGGUUCUGAUGAAGGUUCUACUUGUGCUGUUGAAACUACUUAAUGUAUUGUAUAUCUCUUGACUGUGAAACAGCCUUCAUAAUGCUAUUAAAGAUCCAGUCUCCUGCUGGGCAUGAAGCUAUGUGCUGGUGAGGAACUGUCUUCAUAUAAGAAAAAUAUAACAUUCAUAGAGGGAUCUUUUUUUCAAGGAAAAUUACUUUCUUCAUUUAGGUUCCUGUGUGCCCUGGUGCAGAUCUACCUAGUCCCAGUGUUUGUCGAGCCCUGUUCUUGUGAUACGACUGCAAGUUAUUCGGUUGAGAAGGCUUGCACACUCACUCCAUGAGAUGGAUGUUAUGUGCACAGGCCAUGUACACAGUCAUGAGUCGUGUACAUUUUGAGUAGCACAUGGUGACCGCUAUGGUUCCUGGGGAGACCUGACACUGAGGUGCUGGCGUUGGUAAUCUCGAGGUGUCCUGGUCACCUACAGCCUUCAGUUACAUAGUUUCUGAUCUUACUAGAGCAUCGAUCACAUAAAUACUAUUACACCGUCCUUAAACAUUAUAGAUUACCAUCAGCAUGCAUGCAUUUUUAGUACUUCCCAUAGUUUCAUUUGUCAUUAACAAAGAUCAGCUUUUCAUAUAAUAUUCCAUGCAGUAGUGCUUGCUCACACUGCUACGGAUGGGAAGUAACCCCAUGGAUGCCAAAUUCUGUAGCACACUUGGGUACAACAUGCCAUCUCGUAAAAAGAAAACAGUGGAUCAUUUAAAAAUAUACAAAUCUGCUUCUCUUAAAAUAUAUAUUUAUAUAUACUGUAUACCAUUUAUAAGACUACAAUGUUGCCACUAGUGCACACAUUAUCAAAUUUACAUUUUUAUAUAAUCAUGGUCUAUGUAUUAACAUGUUAAAAUAUUGAUCACUGAAAAGCAGUUUGUUUAUUAUAUAACUCAAAUGUUUAAACUAGUUUUGGGAUAACCUGUUGGCAUUUUCUCUGUAGUUUGUUGGAAUUGUUCCAAGAAAAUAUGCUAACUUGACUCCCUCAGUCCCAAGUUGUACUGGACGUCAGCCUCCCAGAAAGUCGGCACCAUCUGUUAUUAUAGUUCCUUAGUAUUGUUAUCAGUAAACACACUCCUCUUUUGGCUAUCCUUAUGGUUUCACUCUUAUGUAUCUUGCCUCUUGCUCAUUAUAUUUUAUCACAUUUUGUUCUCAUUUUCACAUCUUUUCUCAUCAUCUAUCUGUCCAACCAUUCAUGUGUCCACACCACCGCUGCUUCACAUUGUCAUCUGACAUCACAAAAACAUUUAAGUCAUGCAUACCCAACAGGUAAAUUCAUUAGAGUUCAUGCAUGUGUGCAAUGUAUACAUUUUUAAUUUAAUUCGUGUGUUCUCCCAUUCUUGUAUCUGCCACCUUCGGAGUUGCAAAUAAUUUUUUUUGCAUAUCACAAGAGACAUCUAGCAGUCAUGUACACCUAAAGUUGUAUUAAAAUAAAGCUCUGUACAUGACUACUCACAUGCACACACAAAUGCAUGCAAAUUAAUAAGCCACAAUGAACAUUGCCAAGACUUGGUUGGAAAAUGAUCCUUUAAUGAAAUACUAAGUUUGAUUUGGAAAUCUAUGCUGCAUGUACUGAACAUCACUUCAGAAUAUUCAUAUAUAUUGUCAGUUGUUUUGAUUAUGUUUUAAAGAGAUCUUUGUUAUAAUGCAGUGUUUCUAAAUUAUUUUUAUUUAUAUAUCACAGUCCCAGUAAAGUUUUAAAAUGAGCUGUAUUGGAUUAAACUUGAAAACAUACUUUCACCAAUGUCCACACUGCACAUUAUUUUGUAUCAUUAUUUUAUCAUCCAAGUUUUAAUGUGUCAAAGGACAACAAAAAUUAUUUUUAAGAAAUAAAUGUGAUAUUUUUAACAAAGGAAAUUAUGAAAGUUUAUUAGGAUUGUUAUUUGUUACUAUUUUAUGUACAGGGUGGAUAUUUGUAAGAGUAGGCCUAAAGGUGUGAAGCUUUUUGUGGCCAACCUCAACCAUCCCCCCAACCCCCCCACAUUCCUGUGACUUUCAAUAUCUUGGUCAAGCUAAUAAUCAUUGAUUCAUCUCUAAGAUGCCUUAAACCCCUAAAAUGUGUCUUUGUACACAUUUCUCAAAUGAGAUGGCUUGUAUGGUUUAAUUACAUUUCUCUCCCUGUACCCUUGUGUCUGUCAGUUAUGAACCUGGUGUUAACAAUACAUCCACACAAAUUGCUCCUGGUUUUUACUACCUGGUAGAUCUAGCGUGAUAGCAGCUGCAUAUCAAGGAAUAUUUGAAGAAUUUGGUCACCACUAGCAACCGUGCUCUUUUAACUUUCAUAUUCAUCCAUUACACUCAUUUGUCAUUAGAUGCUUCACUAAACUAUUACUUAUUAAACUUGCUCAGUAUGAUAGAUGUGCUAAAUUAAACUCAUUUAUAACUAUACGGUCAUUUAGUUUGAAUAUUUUUGAAUACAUGUGCAUUUUGUCAUGGUACAUAUACUUAAGCUAUUGAUAGUCAUAUUUCCAAAGUUGCAAUCUAUAAUUUGUGGUAGAGUUAAUAAUUCUGUUACCAGACAAAAGAUAUUAGUUUUCAUUACAAAAUUGACAAAUUCAUAGCAAAUGUUACUAUAUUAAUUCAUACAAAACUCCAUUAAAACAUCAACAUAAACAAACAUCCAUCCAACAUUGAACGCUCAUUUACUCACUUUAUCCGAUACUCCGAGCUUGAUCACAUUUCCUUUCAGCUUACCAUCAUCCUGACCUUUCAUUACUUGUCAAUUCUCAAAUGUGAACAAAUCUUGCCAAAAAUUUCAUUUUUAAACCCUCAUACCUCCUCAACCUUUUAUGUAUUUAGGGUUGGCUGCUCAACAGAGUUUGUCAUGAAUCCAAUUAUUAUACCAAGUGCAGAGCUGAAGGGAACCUCCAGGAUCUGAGUAUCCCUAUGCACUUCAACCAGGACUGGACAGUGGAGGCUGUGUGUGUGAACUUGUUGAUACAAAGUUGUUCCUUAAAAUAAAACCAAAACACUA